UCUUGGUGGCUUCGGGGAGAGAGUGCUGCAGUCGCGGCCGUGGUUCCAGCUCGUCCCGUCGGUCUCCCCAGCAGCGCCAUGACGGAGCUGUUCAGUCUGGCCGAGGAGCUGUCGUGCUCCAUCUGCCUGGAGCCCUUCAAGGUGCCGGUCACCACCCCGUGCGGCCACAACUUCUGCGGGGAGUGCCUGGACGAGACGUGGGCCUCCCAGGGCGCGCCGUACCGGUGUCCGCAGUGCCGCGCGGUCUACCAGGCGCGGCCGCAGCUGCAGAAGAACACGGUGCUGUGCGCGGUAGUGGAGCAGUUCCUGCAGGUCGAGCUGGCCCGGGAGGCGCUCCCCGACGGCUGGACGCCGCCCGCCCGCGCCGAGUCCCCGCCCGCGCCGCGGCCCCCCGCCCCGGCCGCCCGGGUGGCCUGCGACCACUGUCUGAAGGCGGCCGCCGUCAAGACGUGCCUCGUGUGCAUGGCCUCCUUCUGCCAGGAGCACCUGCAGCCGCACUUCGACAGCCCCGCCUUUCAGGACCACCCGCUGCAGCCGCCCGUCUCCGACUUGAUGCGCCGCAAGUGCGCCCAGCACAACCGGCUGCGGGACUUCUUCUGCCCCGAGCACGGCGAGUGCAUCUGCCACAUCUGCCUGGUGGAGCACAAGACCUGCUCGCCUGCGCCCCUGAGCCAGGCCAGCGCCGACCUGGAGACCAAGCUGAAGCAUAAACUGACUAUCAUGUACAGUCAGAUCAACGGUGCAUCAAGAGCACUGGAGGAUGUGAGAGCCAGGCAGCAGGAUGUGCGGGAGGCUGCACAAAGGAAGAUGGAGCAGCUUGGGCAGGAAUACAUGGAAAUGAAAGCUCUCAUUGAUGCCUCGGCGGCCAACUCGACACGAAAGAUAAAGGAAGAGGAGAAGAGGGUCAGCAGCAAGUUCGACCACAUUUACCAGGUCCUCCUCAAGAAGAAGAGUGAGAUCCAGACCCUGAAGGAGGAGACUGAACUUACCCUGAAUAAGGGGGACGAGUUUGAGUUUCUGGAGAAAGCGGCAAAACUGCAAGGAAUCGCAACGAAGCCAGUCUACGUCCCCAAGGUGGAGCUGAAUCACGAGCUGAUCAAGGGCAUCUGCCAGAGCACCUCAGACCUCAAAAACGAGCUGAAGCGGUGUAUCAGGCAGUCCGAGGAUAAGAAGCCUGAUGAGCCCACUGGCUCAGGGGACCCUGGAGAGCUUGGUGCAUCGUCCGCAUACAAACUCCCACGCCCUGGGAAGAAAGUCCAGAAAGAUGACAAGAAGCCCAAGAAACCUCCCUCAUCCAGCAAGUCUACUCCCACCUUUGGAGCCCCAGAGCAGACAGUGGAUUCAAAACUACUUGGCCUGGAGGCUGAAGCCAAACACACCACCCCACCGGGGAACCCGGUGUCUCUCAAGGCCAAGGUCCUGGAGGCAUUUUUAACCAAGUCCAGACCUGAGCUUCUGGAGUAUGCUGUUCAAGUCAUCCUGGACUACAACACCGCCCACAACAAGGUGGCUCUGUCAGAGAACUACACUGUAGCUUCUGUGGCUGACGUACCCCAGAGCUACCGGACCCAUCCCCAGAGGUUCACAUACUGCUCUCAGGUGCUGGGCCUGCACUGCUACAAGAAAGGGAUCCAUUACUGGGAGGUUGAGCUGCAGAAGAACAACUUCUGUGGGGUGGGCAUCUGCUAUGGCAGCAUGAAACGGCAGGGCCCCGAGAGCCGACUCGGCCGCAAUAGCGCCUCCUGGUGCGUGGAGUGGUUCAACACCAAGAUCUCUGCCUGGCACAACAAUGUGGAGAAAACCCUGCCCUCCACCAAGGCCACACGGGUUGGUGUGCUUCUCAACUGCGACCAUGGCUUCGUCAUUUUCUUCGCUGUCGCCGACAAGGUCCACCUGAUGUAUAAGUACAAGGUGGACUUUACUGAAGCUCUGUACCCAGCUUUCUGGGUGUUCUCUGCAGGUGCUACGCUCUCCAUCUGCUCCUCCAAGUAGGCAGGCCGUGGACACUCCCUCUGGCUGACUACCUGUGGAGUGCCCAAGACUCUAGUGAAAAUGCUGCAGGUGGAACUCCUGGAGGACUUCCCUGAGAGUCCCCUAGGAUGGACUAGGACAGUCCCUAGGAUGAAAGGAUGGGAGGGGCGUUGGUGGAGGGUGAGGGGGUGGGGGGAUGGGAUAGAGGAGGGAUUUGGCCAAGAAAAGGGGUCGGGUGGGGGUGAUUGUGUUGUGAGUGAGGAGGCGUUUCUACCUCCUCGUGCCCAUCAGGGCAGGGUGACCCCUUCCCUCUUGUUUUGGUAGAUCUCCAGGGUGCUGGGCAGCUGGGUAGGGCUUUGGAGAAUAAGUCCUUACUGCACCUUUCCUCUUGGAGAAAAUCUAUAGCCACUGCAGGAGCUUGCUUGGGUCACGUGGUGUAUGUCCCUUUGCUCUCUGGAGUAGCCUUCAGAUUUUGGUGUUUUGAUUACUCUCUAUAGGGCUAUUCAACUCUAUAGAUCUUUGUAAAAUUCCAAAGUCAUUGAAUUUCAAUAUUACUCACCCCCCACUACCCACAUAUGGGGGUUGGGGUGAAUGCUUAGACUCCUGGUUAUUUUCUGUGCUUGAGGGAAGCCACCACAGCAGAUCUCCUCCCAGACCAGAGUUUCCCAAAGAAGCAUGUCCUCUUCCUCCACUGGAAAAUAGCCCUGCUUCCUUUCCUCUCCUGCCCCCCUCAUCACCCCAAUUGAUGGUUUUAAAAUGUUGAAUCAAACAGGAACCUUUUCAGUCUAAGGCUUCAAAUCAUGAUCUGAAUCAGACUAUGUUGAAUUUUUGAUUUGAUGUCAAGGUGACCCAGGUCCUGUGUGGACGGAAACCCUUCCCACUCCCAAGUGUUAUGAAAGGCAUCUCGGUAGAGACCCUUGGGCUGUAGCCGUGGAGCCUGGCUGGAGGCCUUCUUCCUAUAGCCUAGGCUUUGGGGCAGGGAACUCCUCUGGGCAAGAAGGGACACUGACCUGGGGUGACAGAAGUGUGGUGAUUUUGCUCUUAGAGUGUCUUGCCUUGUUAAUGAUGACUGUUCUCAGUGACAGCCCCUCCCCCACCCCCCACCGCCCAGUGACCCCCUGCCCAGGAUUGUGAGCUGCCGAACUGGCUUGUGUAGAUACCACUGUGGCCAGCACAGUCAAGUGGACAGCUAAGCCCGAUAUCUGAAGACUGUUAUCAUGAAGGCUGUGUGUGGCUGCCUCAGGGACCAUCCUAGGUCACCUGCUGGGCUCACAACUUAUGGCCAGAAGGACCAUCUAGCAGAUCCCAUGGGAAACAGCAACAUUCCCGUUCAUCCUUGGCCACAGGCUGCAGACCCAGUGCUGGCCCUUGCCUGAGUUAGAGGCCUGUCACCGGCCCUAGCCCCUUCUGCUGUCUUCCUUGUCUGAGCCAAUUCCAGGUGUGAGAAUUGACCAGGCUAGGGGUCAGGAAAGACUUUAAGGACCCAGGAGGGACCAAGCUACAGGGAUCAAGCACAAAGGGCUGUUUUUCCUGCAGUGUUUCUGUGCAGUGAAAAUAACCCCAGUCCGCUAAGGGCAGGAGUGAAUGGAUUGCUGGAAUUUCCCAAGCUCCUUGUAUCCUGAUGUUGUCAGGAUAUAAGUUCCCAUCCCAAAAGUGGGAGAAAUUUAACCUCUUGUGGUGAAAUGAGCCCAGCUCUGGGCUUUCCAAGAGGAGAGCUCAGGUCAGGUUCCUUGUGAUAUGAAAAAGAGGUCAUCAUUGGGGCAGUGGGAACCCCAGACCUUUUCAUAUGACUGUUUGAGAACUUAACACAUUUGUGGCCUUGUGCUGGAAUUCCAGGGCACUCCAGUGGGCCCAGAGCACUUGGUAUUCCUGACAGAUGUGUUGAUCUGUGUCAUCUCCCAAGGACUUCCACUUCCUUGGGAGAGAGGUCAUCUUUGUAGGGAAGACAUCCCUGCAAGAGCUGAGAUGUGGUUUUUUAAUGUUUCUUCCUUUUCUGUUGGGAAGAAACGUUCUUUGGCGAUUCUUCUCUGCCUUUGGAGAUGAUCAAAAGCAUCUUCAUUGAUCUUUUGAAACAAAAGCCUGUCUGAAGCCAGUUCAUACUUGGGAAACAGCUGGGCUUAGAGGAGGAGAAUGCCAAAGAUUAAUCCUUGGGUCCUGCUGCAGCUCCUUUCUGCGUAAAUGAGGGCUACAGAGAGGGCUCUUCCCUGGUGAACGUACAGCUCAAGAUAGGGAAGCAUGAGUCCCUCUGUUUAUAAGAGAGGCAGGUAGGUAACCCAAGCUGAGCUCUGGGAAAGGUGCUUUGGAGAUGUAAAUCGAGGAGCGCACCCUUGCGGUCUCCAACCUUACAUUCCCUCGCCUCGCAGGGCCGCUGAGUCCUAGGGUUGGAGGAAUCUUUGUAUUCAUCUGACUUUUCUCAUUUUGCAGAAUGAGUUGGAUGGGCAGGUAUUGGAUGCCUCUGCUUACUGCUGUUUCCAUCCCAUCAUGGAGGAGAUGCCUCCUAGAGUGUGUGAGGGAACAACUCUGAACCCUGGGAAAGUGUGAGAAAUUCCCAGAAACAUAAACAUAAACAUACUAUUUGAGACCCAGGUAUCAGGGACUGUCUCAGUCACUCUGACAUGAUAAACGAAAGGUCAGGAUCAAGGUUUUGUAUUAUCUAAGACUGCUUGGUUGGUUCCCCUGUUUUAAUUACUCUGAAAUGGAUCUACAAUCUAUAACUAAUACUGGUACAGUAUCUCUUACCUGAUUCUGCCCGCUCCCCCCCCCAUUGAUUUUAAUUAAUUAAGAGUAUUUGAGCUAUUAUUCCCUCAGCUUAUUUUUUUAGAAUUGAUUCUUCAGGUGAUAGUCAGGGCUGUAGAGCUGGAUCUUUGGAAACCCACGAGAAAUACGAGAGCCGAGGCUGAUGACAUGCCUUAGAAGCUUUGAAUGUAAUAAAGUGGUGUUUGGUGGUCUUUCUUGCAUCGCAGUGCAUGUAGAAAACGUUACUCAUCUAUCACGCUGGAGUCAACCAAUGAGGCGCCCACCAUGGGAGGCUACUGCCCAGGGCCUCUGGAUGCUCAGGCCCCACCCAGCCACCCCCAGGGGGUUCAGAUUUCAGCAGACAUAUAGCCCAUGUGAAGACUGCUAUGGUGCAGCACUCCCUUGGGAAGCUUUUCAUAAAGAAUUCUCAGACUGAUAAGAUGUCCUUCUGGGCUUUGCUUCAGGAUAAUCUGAGGAUGGGGGUUAGGGAGAGGGGCAGGAGGUACGAGUGAAAGGGUAAGCCACAUGCGGAUAAUUAGGGAAACAGUGACGGUAAUGUGAGGGUUCAUUAUAUUAUUCUUUCUACUGUUGAUUAUGCUCGAGCGUUUCUAUAAUGAAGAGUUUUAAGAAUGAAACAAAAACAGCUGAGGCCAGCAAUGGGCACUGUCCAGUGGAUUUUAUUCCUGUUAAAUAGGGGUAGGAGUUACAGGAGGUGUGGAUUUGAGGUUGUUGUAGAAUAAGGAAUUCGACUGGCCUUUGUCCAUGGUUCCUGGUGGGGAGACUCUCAAUUCUUGGAAUUUCCCAAGUAGUAGGAAUGUCUUUGUUAUUCAUGAGCCCCUGGAUCACACUUGAGUUUAUGCUCAGAGUUGAGAUGACUCAAGAUUGGGGCUGGUCAUCAGAAAGACCAACCAUGAGAUUAGAGGGUUGGGACUUUGAGCCAGCCUGACCUCCAGGGAGGGGAGAGGGACUGGAGAUUGAAUUGAAUCGAGUGGCCAAUGAUUCAAUCAGUUAUGCCUAUGUGACGAAACCCUGAUAAAACCUCUGGACACUGAGGCUCCACUGAACACAUUUGAUGAGCCAGGAAGGUGGUGCACCCUGAUUCCACAGGGAGAGGGCAUGGAAGCUCUGUAUUUCGGUCCCUCCUAGACCUCACUCUCUGUCUUUCCAUUUGGCUGUUCUUGGUUUGUAUCCUUGACAAUAAAACUGUAAUCAUAAGUAUA